AAUAAACGUGGAGGCUAAUUGAGAUGACAAACUUGGUGGCAAAGUAGCAGCGAGGGAAGGGAAGGGAAUGGACGCACCAAAACCGAAACCAAAACCAAAACCCAAACCCAAACCCCUUUCUCUUCUUCCGCCAAUUUCACGCACAUCCACCUCAAUCUGACCCUCCUUCGAUUUCUCCUCUUUUUUGAUUUCAUGAAGAUUUUGAUUUGCGGGUAGUUUUCUGAGAGCGAGCUAGAGCGAGAGCGAGAGUGGAGAUUUAGGUUUGGUUUGGGUGGCGACCAUGGAGGGCGGAGGAGGAGAGGGAGGGCGGGAGGGUACGAGGAAAAGAGGGGUGGAUAAUCAGAGGCCGUACAAAGGGAUAAGGAUGAGGAAGUGGGGAAAGUGGGUGGCUGAGAUUCGAGAACCCAAUAAACGUUCCAGGAUUUGGCUCGGCUCUUACUCCUCUCCCGUCGCCGCGGCCAGGGCUUACGACACCGCCGUCUUCUACCUCAGAGGUCCCUCCGCCAGGCUUAAUUUCCCUGAGCUAUUAGCCGGGGAAGCCUGCGGAAUUAGCGCCGGCGGCGGCGACAUGUCGGCCGCUUCGAUACGGAAGAAAGCCACCGAGGUGGGGGCUCGAGUGGAUGCUCUCGAGAGUUCCUUAGGGCAUCACCAUCACCACCACCACAGUCUCAAUCGGAGCCAUGAUCCACACGAAUCGGCGUCUCCGCCAGAGCUCAAGAGUUGCAGCGGGUUUCUGGAUCGGGUCGACUUGAACAAAUUACCCGACCCGGAAGAGGAGGCGGAUGGGGAGUUCGAUUGGGAGAGACAGUGAAGUGGAAGUGGAAGUGGAGGCGCCAACACGCGCCGCCAAGAUCAACCGACAUCUCAAUUCAUCAAGGAGCGCUCAAACUGAAGUUGAUUUAGGACCUGCAAAUUUUGAGAUGCUGUGGGGUUGUGGAGUGGAUGCAAAAUGGGAUUCAGGUGCUUCCAAAAUUAUGAUGCUUAUGAUUUCAUAAUAUGAGAAGUCAAAUAUCAUAGAAGGAGUAGGGGCAUUGUGGGAUAAAAAUAGUAGAGGAUAGGUAAAGACAUAAUAGCGUGGGGUUAGAGGGUUGGUGGGUUAUUGUACCGUACUGUAUUGUUUUUGUUUGGUUCCCGAUCGAGGGUGGGAAUUCGAUGAAUUAGUAUUGUAAUUAGCGAAGAAGGUGGUAAAAAAAAUAAAAAUUGCUUGGAACAAUCAACCAGCCAAUAAGAUUGGAGCUGUGCGCUGUUUUUGGUUUCCAUCUUAGCUGUUGUCCAUCAUCCAUCCUCCAUCUGGUGUUUACAAAAUUAAGGGGAAAAAGAAAAGAAAUUGAAUGUUUUGUUUAGAGGACAAUGUUUGGUCCAGAAAUGGCGGAGAGGUAACUUUAAGGUGUAAUAUUAGUUUUAUGUAAAUAUUUUAAAAUUGGUCCGUGUUGUGGGAGGGGAUGUUGUUUGGCUGAAUUAUUGAAUUUUUUUUUUUU